ACAGAUUGGAGCGGACGCAAAGUAAAUCUGGCGCUCUUCUGUUUCUCAAAUAGAAAGAAUACAAACGGAUAUUUCCUCAGGGACUAGGCUACACCCUCCUCAGACAAGAAAACGAUCAAGGAGUGUGGAAAACGGAACGAUACGGAUUAAUCGCAGUGCAGUUCAUUGCGCAGCCUUGGAGUGAGAUGACCAGUGACGGGAUCAGAUUAUAAAGGGAAUUUCUCCAACUUAUUAUGCCUUCAAUGUUUGUAUCAAACGCCAGCCUGGAAAACUGACUGAGAAUGAAGGUGUGGAAGGUGUGGCAGCAGGUGCUGUGCGUCCUGCCGCUGUGCGCCCUCCAACUCUGCAGCGCAGAGACUCAAGAAGUGGUGGUUUGCUCCGGCACCCAGAACGUUCUGAGUACAACUGGAAAUUCAGAGAUCCAAUACAACCUGAUGAGGAAGAUGUACAAUAGUUGUGACAUCGUGAUGGGCAACCUUGAGAUUACCAUGAUGGAGCACACCAGAGAUUUCAGCUUUCUGCAGUCCAUUAAGGAGGUGACAGGUUACAUUCUGUUUGCCCUCAACGAGUUCACCCGCCUCCCUCUAGACAACCUGCGCGUCAUUAGAGGCACUACUUUGUAUGAGAACCGCUAUGCCUUGGCUGUGAUGGUCAACUACCAGAAAGAUGGACAACAUGGCCUUGAAGAGCUGGGUCUGACACACCUUACAGAGAUUCUUGAGGGAGGCGUCAAAAUCAUCCAGAAUAAGUACCUGAGCUACGCACCGCUGAUGAAUUGGCAGGAUAUCGUGAAGGAUGGAACACCUGACAUAGUGAUCGAAGGCAAUGGGCCUGAAAAGACUUGCCACGAAGCAUGUGGAGACCUGCCAUGUUGGGGACCAGGAAAUGACACAUGCCAGAUCUUGACAAAGACCGUGUGCGCCCCUCAGUGUAGCAGCCGGUGCUUUGGUAGAAACCCGAAUGAGUGUUGCCACAGUGAGUGUGCGGGAGGCUGCACAGGACCCCUUGAUACUGAUUGCUUUGCUUGCAAGAACUUCAACAACUCAGGCUCAUGUGUGCCUCAGUGUCCCCAAACUCUAAUCUAUAACAAGCAUGCCUUCAAAAUGGAGCCCAAUCCCAAUGCCAAGUACCAGUAUGGCUCCAUUUGUGUGGCCCAGUGCCCCACAAAAUUUUUGGUGGACGACAGCUCAUGUGUAAGCAACUGUCCGCCGCACAAAAUGGAAGUGGAAAGAAACGGGGUAAAGCGUUGUGAGCCCUGUGGAGGCCUCUGCCCAAAAGCAUGUCGCGGUACAGGAAGUCAGAACAGACAAACUGUUGAUUCCAGCAACAUAGACAGUUUUGUAAACUGCACCAAGAUCCAGGGAAGUCUGCAUUUCCUGGUAACAGGAAUAACAGGUGAUGAUUACAACAACAUACCAGCCCUCGAUCCAGAGAAACUCAAAAUCUUCAACACUGUGCGGGAGAUCACAGACAUUCUCAGUAUCCAGUCAUGGCCUGAAAGCUUGUCGGACCUGUCUGUCUUUUCCAACCUCCAAACGAUUCAGGGCAGAACACUUUACAAGGGAGUGAGCUCGAAAAGAGGUUACUCGCUGUUAGUGAUGAGGAUCCAAUCUCUCACCUCCCUCGGCCUGCGCUCCCUUCGGAAAAUCAAUGACGGCAACGUCUACAUCACAGGAAACAACAAACUCUGCUACUAUUCUUCAGUGAACUGGACUCGCAUCGUGAACAGCAACUCCCGUCAACAGAGGCGCCCGAACAUUGAUAUGAAGAACAACCGACCCACAGAUGAGUGCAUCAAAGAGGGCCAUGUGUGUGACCCCCUGUGCUCCUCUGAUGGCUGCUGGGGUCCUGGACCAGAUCAGUGUGUUUCCUGUAAGAAGUUCAGCAGGGGAGGGACAUGUGUGCCAGACUGCAUGUUCUUUACUGGGGAGAGGAGGGAGUUUGCUACUCAAUCAGGGGAGUGCAUGCCCUGUCAUGCUGAGUGCAAGGUCCAGGAGGGCAAACAGACCUGCAGGGGCCCGGGAGCAGAUCAGUGUGUAGCAUGUAAAAGCCUGAAGGACGGUCCCCAUUGUGUUUCCUCAUGCCCUGAGGGUGUGAUGGGUGGAGAAGGUGUCAUCUUUAAAUAUCCCAACAAGCAAGGCCACUGUGAGCCAUGCCACAUCAACUGCACCCAAGGGUGCAGUGGCCCUAGGAUUGGAGACUGUGAGGGAAUGCCUUCCCCAUACCUUUCAGGACAAGCGACAACAGCCAUUGUACUGGGAGUGAUUGCCAUCCUCUUUGCCUCAUUCUCCAUUUUUGUUCUGACUGUCCUGUACCGCCGAGGUCUCGCCAUCCGACGUAAGCGAGCUAUGAGGAGAUACAUGGAGAGUGGAGAAAAUUUUGAAACUCUAGAAGAUAAAGAGAAGGUCAACGCUCGGAUCCUGAAGCCCACAGAUAUACGUAAAAUCAAGCUGUUGGGUAACGGAGUCUUUGGAUCUGUCCAUCAGGGCAUAUGGAUUCCUGAGGGUGACACAGUUAAGCUGCCUGUUGCCAUAAAGACGAUACAUGAUCGCACUGGCCGACAAAGCUUCUGUCAGCUAACAGAUCACAUGACGGCAAUGGGAAGCCUGAAUCACAUCAAUGUCGUCAGGACGCUGGGUAUCUGCCCCGGUGACAGUCUGCAGCUUGUUACACGGCUCAGCAAUCAGGGCUCCCUGCUGGACCACGUCAGCCACAACAAGAACAAGCUCAGCCCUCAGAGGCUGCUCAACUGGUGUGUCCAAAUUGCAAAGGGUAUGAAUUAUCUGGAAGAAAACAAGAUAGUCCACAGAAACCUGGCAGCCAGAAAUGUGCUCCUGAACAAUAACUACACAGCCCAGGUAUCAGACUACGGCAUUGCGGACCUACUCUAUCCUGAUGACAAGAAGUACUUCUACAAUGAAGUCAAGACACCAAUCAGGUGGAUGGCCUUGGAGAGCAUCCUGUUCCGACGAUACACGCAUCAGAGUGAUGUGUGGAGUUAUGGUGUGACAAUAUGGGAGAUGAUGUCUUAUGGGGCAGAACCAUACUCAACGAUGAGUCCACAGAAGGUUCCCGAUCUGCUGGAAAAGGGCGAGCGUCUAUCCCAGCCUCAUAUUUGCACUAUCGAUGUCUACAUGGUCAUGGUCAAGUGCUGGAUGAUUGAUGAGAACGUCCGUCCAACAUUUAAGGAGCUAGCCAGUGAAUUUACCAAAAUGGCCAGAGACCCGCCUCGUUACCUAGUGAUCAAAGAGGACUGCAGCCAACAGGACUUGGCCCCGGACGAAGCUGCCCAGCGAAGUGCAGACCUGGAUGAUCUGGAUGAUCUAGAUAUCGAUCUGGAGGACCUGGGAGCAGAGGAUGCUGUGGAUGGCAUGCCUCUAGCCUCUACCUAUGUGUCCAGGAGUCUGAGCCGUAGCUCAAGGAUGGAGAGUCACAGAGUGGUUCUCAAACCAUCCAGUGGUGCUGGGUACUUGCCUAUGACCCCAGGUUUUGACAGUAUUGGGCAGCCUCCGUGGCAAUCACGUUCUCGGCUAAACUCGGCUCGCACUCAGUCUGAGAGCUCAGAGGGCUGCGGCCCAGCAGUGGAGCUGGAGAUGUGUGAGGACUUCCCUCUGACAGGAAGCCUGAAAAGAAGACGUCACAGGGAGGACAGUGCUUAUGUGUCACAGAGGGACAGCAUGUCAGGGGGACCUCCAGACACUCCUUCCCCUGAGAUGGAGGAAGAGGACCAGAACGGAUAUGUGCUUCCAGGUGAUAGCCUAGAACGAGAUCAUCUGGAUUUCUCUUCUCGGGCCAGAAUUGGAAAGUCUCAUUCAUCGGCUGUCUUGAAUGACCUAGAUGAUGUAGAAUACGAGUACAUGAACAAGCAGACAUGUGAAACACCAGUUUCACCGAGGCACAAUGGCCAGAGGCCAAAGUCAAACAAGAAACGGUCAUCUUCUGUGUCAUCACAAGCCACAGCAUGCUCCUCACUGUCCGCAGAGUGCAGAGGGCACAACAGAAGCAAGGACUGUUCUGAGUCAGAGCUGCAGGUAUCCAGUGAAGUCAAAUAUGAAUACAUGGAUAUCAGGGGCAAUGGGAAUGAGGAAAAUCCUGCCAUGCAUGACCUAACUCAAGCAGCAUUAAAGAUGAUAGGAAAGGUUGAGGAAGCGGAGGAUUAUUAUGUGGAAGAUGGCAACUAUCAUUACACAAACAGUCAGCCAAAGCUGCGACAAGCUCUUCAAAACAAGAAGGAGGCCAAAAUCCAGGGGAGAGAUGAUGGUGAGGCAUAUGAAUACGAGGACAUGGACUGCUUUGCUGCCCCACCACCUGCAGACGCAGGCGUGUACCAAAACAUGCAGAGAGAGAGGGAGGGAGCAGCUUGUGCAACAGGAGCAUGCCCAUCGGGGUUCAACCCACAAAUGAGCGUUCGAGCUGGAGCAGGGCAACCUGCUGCUGGUGACAGAUCUUUUGACAAUCCAGGCUACUGGAGCAGCAGGCUGUUCUUAAAGCCCAAUGCAGUGCCCACAUGAAGAACAUUUUCAAUCUUAUCUCAGGGACGCAGUCAUGAAGGACCUAAUAUAUGAAAUACAAUUGAGAGCCAAGUGAUGUAGCCUAUUACUUUUUUUCCUAAUUCUUUUAUAAACUGUACAUACCUUUACUAUUUUGUAAAGAAGCCCAUUCUUGACAGUGUAAUGAGGAAAAAUCCUGGAAACGUUUAAAAAAAAUAGCAAUAGAAAUAUUUUCAGAAUAAUGACUUUAAUACCACUUUCUAUCAUUGUUUCUUGAAGAGAAUAAAUUAUUUUUGGUCUUCUCAACCUUUGCCAUGUGUUAAAGACGAUAUAUGACACCCUCAUGAAGCUUGUAAAUGCUUUACCAGUUUCUCAGAGGAGCAUAAAACAUAAAGAGAUUGGUAUUGUGCUCAGCUUAGUCGUAGGCCUAAGUCAGUAUGUGGAAGAAGAUGUUUUAAAACAUUUUGAGCAGCUAAUUAUCUUGAGAAAGACUGGACUGACAACACCUACUGGAUCUGUUUUUCAUAUUACAUUUGGAAGAAAUGGGCUUCCAUAAAAAUGUAAAGGUUGAUGUUAAGCCUUGAAUUUAGGCAAAUGAUUUGGGGCAUUUCAGGAAGUAAUUGCACUGAAUGUUAAGAACACUAACAGAAAAGAACAGAAUACAAGCUAUAUUUUUCCUGUUUACAUAUUGAUAAGAUUGAAUAUUUUUCAGAACAAAUUAAUUUUCUGGGGAUUUGUAAAUAUGUUUUGAUACAUCUUUAAAUGGUAUAAAAGAAAUGUACUACUAAAUAAAAAUGUUUUUAAUGUUUGGAAUGUUAUGUAAAUUCUAUUUUAAAGGGACAUUGUGUACUAUCUUAAGUAUUUCAUUAGCUAA